AAGACCUAAUUGCAAAAAGAGUAAAGUAACAGUCAUUAAGUAUGGGUAGUGAACUUCAAGGUGUGUUUGAUAAGUCCGGGGAGUUGUUUGCCAACAUUAUCUCCAAUAAACUUAGAAGUGAAGUUCAAAUAAUUAAAGUGGAUGUCGAGAAUGGAGAAAUCAUUGCUGAUAAUUAUGUAACCAAAUAUGAAUUAGAUGCCGAUGAGAAAAUUAUUGAUGUUCAAUGGAUCGAACAAACUAGUAAUGAAGCAACUGGUAAGUCUAAGGGAAAGAAGAGAAGUGUAGAUUCAAGUCCCACUAAAGAUAAUGCGUCUGAAUUUCCAAUACUUUCUGUAUUACUUGAUAAUUCCAAAAUCUUAUUAUUCAGUCCUCAUCUCAAUCAACCUACUGGAAAGAUAUCACCAAAUUUCUCAAUUUCUACUAUAACACAAUCAUAUAAUACCGAAAAAUCAUUAUUAGCAUUUGAUCCAGAAAAUCAUAAAGUCAUAGAAUAUUCUUUAAACUAUUUACAAUUACUGAGAUCUAUUAAUAUUAAAAAGACUGUAGAUGUAAGAUCCAUAGUUGCUAUUCCAAAUGAUAAAAAGAAAGUCUUAUUAGUUUCCGAGAAUAAAGUAUACUUGGCUAAUUUAUCCAAUUCCAGGUCUCCAGUAAUUACUGAGUUUGAAUCCAUAGAAAACCCAAUCAAGGAAGUAAAGUUUUCAUCGACUAGUCCAAAUAAAUUUGCUGUACUUUAUCAUAAUUCUGAAAAUAUUCAUAUAUUGGAUAUACUAAAGCCUAAAGAAUUAACUACAAUCUCAACUAAUUCAAAAAUUGAAAGUAUUCAAGUUAUACCAGGAAAUUCUUUGCAUAAGGAAUUCUUGUUUGUAAUCCAUGAAUCCAAUAUAGAGGUUUUUGAAUUUGAACAAAAACAACCAUUGCUUGUUAUCAAAUUAACUAAUUCUACUAUUCCUAUAAAGAUGUUAUAUAUCAAAGACUCUGUAUUAUAUGUUGUAUGGUAUAAGUUUAAUAAUCCAAAGUUUACCAUAAUAGAUUGGGAUCUCAAAUCUUCAAAAAAUAUCCCGAUCAACUUACAAUUAGAGUCUGAAAAUGGCAUUGAUAUUUCUACUUCUCAAAAUAUUAUAACACCAGCAGGCUCUGAAUUGAAAAAUUUACCUUUCAAUCAGUUAUUCUCUAGAUUGAGGGAUUUGUUGAUGUCAAAGGAAGUAGAUCAAAAGAGUGUUCUUGAUAUAUGUUAUACCAAUAAUAAUGAAGAAAGCGUAAAAGAAACCAUUCAAGAAUUUUCAUUAUCUGACGAAACAUCUCUCGGGGAGUCAUUAUUUUCCAUUCUUAGUGAUGAAGUAUCAGCAGAUCCUUCAAAAAGUGAUGCUCUUGCUAUUUGGUUGAAAUGGUUACUCUUAAGUUACGGAGGUGCAUACUCUAAACUGAUUGAAAUGUUUGUUAAAGUUAAGAACCUUCAACAAAGUCUAGAUAAUGGAAUGAAAUUAAUGCCUCAUCUUCUUGCUUUACAAGGUCGUUUACAACUUUUGAGAACUCAAACCAAAUUAAGAAAUGAAACUGGCUCUAAAUUUACAGACGAUUCGUUUUAUGGAAAUGAACAAGGUGAAGAAAGCAUUACUUUUGCUAAUGGUGAAAAUGAUGAUAGUGAAUUAGAAGAUGAAGUUAAUACUACAGUGAAUGGUCAGGCCAACAUAGAUGAAGAAGAUUUGGAGGAUGAUUAAUGGAUAGUACAUAAUUUGUAUAGAAUAGCAUCAA